AUGGCCAUUAAAGGCGGUGCUUCUUAUAUUUUACGCGGUGAUAACCAGCUAGUUUACUUGGAAGCAGGAAAGCAUUCAGAAGAUCCAGAUGAUCCGGAAAAUAAGGAAUUUAAAGUAGAGUGGACAUGUCGCUAUUUAGAAGCACGCUAUUUCUUGCCAGAGGGUGAAGAGUAUGAUCCAAAAAGUAGCUUUUCUUCAAGAUCUAUUACGCCCUAUCAAGUUGCUGAAAAGGAGUUUAAAGAUGAAUGCUUUUCUACUAAAAAUGGUGCUAAAGCAUUCAAAGAGACUAACUUGGUUUUGAACACAAGAGAGCUGCGUUCUUUUGAUGCGCUUUAUGAGUUUACGCUGACAAUUUCAAAAGACUCCAGAAAAAAUCAGUCUUGGAUAUAUUUGGAUGUGAUCAAAGACAAACCACCAGGUAUCAUUAUAAUGUGCGAAAAGAAAGUUGCCUGCACAAUUUACCAUGAUGGAUUCAUUAUAAAUCCAAGCGACUGGCUUCCUGUGAGAGCAGAAUGUGUUACGGACUGCGGUAAUGGAAAAAUUGCUUAUGAUUGGAAUAUAUAUGGAAUCAAUGAUGUAUUUGAUGCUGUAGAUCUGCAAGAAUGGAAAGAUUUUGUAGUGAUUGAUGAAGACAGGCUUGGUAUUAACAGAACAUUUUUCCAACAUUUCCAUGAUUUCAAGUAUUUUCACGUACAAGUGACAGGCAUAGAUACAAUAGAAGACAGGCCUAAAGGCGUCGCAAAGUUACAUCUGAAAAUCAACAAUUCGCCUAAACCAGGCCUGUGCGUUUCACCUUUGAUGACAGGACUGGCCAUGAUCGGAAUCUUCAGAAUUGAGUUUGUUAAUUGGACGGAUCCUGACAAACAUACUUUGGUAGAUUAUAGUCUGUACAUGAAUUACGAAGGGAAGAAGUUCCGUUUACACUAUGGAGUGAAAACUUCCGUCGAUUUUAUAUUACCCCCUGGCGAAUGUGAGGUGAUCUGCACUGUUCAAGAUCAACUGGGAGCAGUUACUUCACUUACAGUAGGAAAGAUUAUGGUAUCUAAAUUAUUUAUCACUUUACAUGAUUGUUGUUAUUAA